AUGUUUAAAUCAGUUUUUCAUUGCCUUUCUUAUUCAUUUAGAAAAAUUAAGUUGCUCGACAUCUUCAUUUAGAGAUCAAUGCUUACUUAAACUAAUCAAAAUAAAAAAAAUAGUGGUGCAAAACAAAAAUCACCAAUUCAGAAGAGAGUCGCUUGCUUACGAUGGAUCUCACUUUUUACAAACAUUUGCUAAAUGCAAGAAAAAAUCAAUAAGGGUGAAUUUCUAAAUUUUUUCUUUUUAGAUUAAUCUAACAUACUAAAAUGUUAAAGUAUAAAAUAUGCAUCCAUUAAUUCUUAAAAAAUUAUUCAUUAAAAUUCAUUUUUCUUAUUAAGACUAAAAAUGGGAAUUUGUAAUUCAAAUCAACAGAAUAAAUAAAAGGAAAUCAAGUAAAUUAUUUAGUAAAUAAUAAAUCUUAUUUUUUAGAGUUGAAUAACCUGUACCUAAAAAUAGUAAUAAAGAAACUUCUAAAAAUUUCGAAAAUUUUGAAUGCCUUUUUUUUGACUAAUAUUAAUUCAGAUGGUUGAAAAAGAAAUGCUAUAUAGAAUGUGAUUAAGAUAAUCAAUUAAUAUACCUUUAUAAUGGAUAUAUGGUGAGAUUGUAAAUUCUUUGGGCAAAUUAUUAUAGGAUGAAGAAAUUUUCUUUGUUGGAAAAUGAAGUUUUCAAUAAUUUAGAAUAAAUCAAAUAUAUAGAAUGGGUUGGAAAUUUUGAAAAUCUGAGGAGGGUUUCUAAAUGGAAGCUUAAUUGGAAUGGAUAAAUUCUUCAAAAUGUUGGAGGUUAUUACUCAAAGAGUGGGUAAAAGUAAGGUAUAUGGAAGGAUAUAAUGAAAAAUUUUUGCAGGUAAUAUAUCAAAUUAAAAAAUAAACUAGCAAGGUUUUGGUUUUUGAAGUAGGUGAAUACUUUGAUGAUUAAAAAUAGGGCAAAUGGAAAUACAUUUAUAAUAAUAAAAUAAUGUAUUAUAUAAAAAUAAAAUAUAUUAAAUUAGUGGUGGAGGAUAUUACAAUCAAUAAAGUUAAAAAACUGGUAAUUGGAGUGAUUUAAGUGAUGAAUUUUGGGAGUAAUUGUUUUAAAAUAUAUAUUUAAGUGAGAAUUAAAUAAUUUAUAAUGGUUAUUAUAAUAAUUAAGGGAUAAAGGUAGGUAGAUGGAAUAUAGUGUUUAAGGAGAUAUUCAAGUCACAAAAUAAAUAUAUGUAAAUAAAAUAUAUAAAAAAUAAUAAGUGGUGGUGGAUAAUAUUAUUGUUCUUAGGGAACAAAAAUUGGGAGAUGGGUGGAAUUGUGGGAAGGGUUUAAAUAUGAAGCUAAAGUCAUUUAUUUAGGUGAAUAUAAUCUGAAAGGAAUAAAGAUUGGUAGAUGGGAUAUAAUGUAUUGUAGAUAUAAUGAGCAAGAAUAUAAAUAAAUGUAAAAAACAAAGGUAUUUGAUUUUUUAGUGGCGGAGGAACAUAUGAUAGUUCUUCAGGAAUUAAGAUGGGAAAGUGGGUAGAAUUAUGGGAAGCCUUUUGGAGGGAAUCUUAAGUCACUUAUAUUGGGGAAUAUAAUAAUAAAGGUAUUAAGGUAGGAAGAUGGGAUUUUUAGUUUAUUUCAGAUUUCGAUCAAAUAACAGUCUAAAUGUAAGUAUUGUAAUUAUAGAUAUUUUAGAGGUGGUGGAUCAUAUGAUAGCACUUAAGGAUUUAAGAUUGGAAGCUGGGUAGAAUUGGAUGAAGGGUUUAAUUGUUUUUAAAAUGUUACUAAUAUUGGUGAUUAUAAUAAGAAUGGACUGAAGGCAGGCAGAUGGAAUAUUUUUUUUAAAUCCCCUUUUGAUUAAGAAUAUAAAAAAAUGUAAUUAUCAUAAGUUUUGAUAUGUAGUGGUGGUGGAAUAUAUGAUAGUUUUUCUGGAAUUAAAAUUGGAAAGUGGAUCGAGUAGGAUGAAAGGUUUGUCUAUGAAAAAUAAGUUACAUAUAAUGGUGAAUAUAAUAUAAAUAGUAUGAAAAUAGGCAGAUGGGAUAUUAUGUAUGAUAAAAAGGGAAAUGGAGAAUAUAACUAAAUGUUAAAAUUAUCAUUAAAAUUUCUUAGUGGUGGUGGAUCAUAUAAUACUACGACAGGAAUUAAGAUUGGAAGGUGGGUAGAGUUGUGGGAAGGCUUUUAAUAUUCAGCAAAAGUCACAUAUGUUGGUGAAUACAAUCUAAAAGGGAUGAAGGUAGAUAAAUGGGAUAUUAUGUAUGAAUUAGAUAAAAUUUAUAAAUAAAUGUAAAUAUAUUAAGUUAAAAUAUUUUAAGUGGUUUUGGAAUGUAUGAUUGUAUUUAUGGAAUUAAAAUCGGGAGAUGGGUCGAAUUAGAUGAGAAGUUUUUGGAUGGCAACUAAAUAAUUUAUUAUGGAGAUUAUAAUGAUAAAGGGAUGAAAGUGGGUAAAUGGGUAGAAACAGAUUUGAAGAUAAAUAAGUAAUGUGGUGAAAUAAAUUAUGAAAAUUGA